UUAGUUUACCUUGCUUUAUCCGCGGUUUGGCCUGUAUCCGUUGUUUUAAAAAAUAGGGUAUUUAGGGAUAUUUUAGUCGACGGACGGUGGUUUCAAACUGCAAUGUCUUUCUAAUCUGAAGCCAACGUCCAUCGACUUGAUAUCCGUCCAUCCCUGAAUACCCAGUUUUUAAGCAUAACAAAUAUAGGUUACCCCUCGGAUAAAGGUGAGCUAACGUUAUAGUUCCUACACUCCAAUUUCACAACAGGUCUUGACGUAUCCCUAUAAGUAUAAAACGAUCGACAUACGAAGGGAAAAACGUCUGAUUUCUAAAACUUGAAAUACUUCUUUGUGAUAUUUUUUUCUAUUAAAAAGUUUACCUAUUUGAAAUGUUUUCCUGCAAAUAUUUGUGCACUUUUUUAAACACCCCUUACUAAUCGACAUUGAUAACAAACAAAUAAUAUCAACAACCAAACAAAUAGUAGACACGAGUCAAGUAUUUACGAACCAAUACUGAUAACCCUCCUGGCGCUAAGGUUAAUGAUAGGUCAGUUCAACACGUUAUUUGUUAAUAGGUUAGUGUUUAACUUAAGCUUUGUGAGUUGUCGACUUACGUAAAGGACGCGCGGUGCCUGUGGUGGACUUUUGGACUUUACUUUAAGGUCUUGGGCGCACUUCUGUGACCUAACAAAACAUUUAGGACAGAAGAGCUGAUAAUAACAGGAGACCACACCCCCGACGCCACACCUGCUCCAUACCCAGGCGGUAGAUACAACUUUCCAUCCGUACGUGGUGUUGGAAUUUCAAGUGUUACACCUACGUACAGCCAUGGGCGGGAAAAGUGACGCCGCUGACGGGCCAGAUCAGACGACAGAGCGCCUGACAUUUAUGUUGGCGAUCUCGGCGUUUAUGGCAGCCUUCGGCACGUCCUUCCAAUAUGGCUACAGCUCCAGCGUGGUGGACCAACCUGCUAAUAUCAUCAAGGAAUUCUACAACCAGUCUUACAGCAGUUUUUACAGCGUGCCUCUGACGGAGAGCAGUAUAACCGUGCUGUGGGCCACCACCGUGUCCGUCAUGUGUCUGGGCGGGCUGCUAGGAUCCUUUCUCGUCGUGCCGCUCACGGAACGCUUCGGCAGGAAAGGAGCACUGCUGAUCAGCAACGUUUUCUCUCUGAUCGGCGCCAUUUUGUUCGGGUUCUCCAAGAUGGCCAACUCCUACCACAUGGUCAUCAUAGGAAGGAUCUUCGUUGGAGUCCAACAUGCGUUGUCCAUCACCGUGGUGCCGAUGUACCUGGCGGAAGUCUCACCGACCAGCCUCCGCGGAGGGAUAUCCGUGAUGCACCAGGCCAUGCUGACAGUGGGCAUUCUGCUUGCUCAGAUUCUGGGGCUGGAGCAAAUCCUGGGGAGUGAAACGCUGUGGCCGGUCCUGCUGGCGUUUUACGCAGUGCCGUCUGGCCUACAACUGGCCAUCAUGCCCUUCCUGCCGGAGAGCCCUCGGUACCUGCUCAUCAACAAACAGGAUGAAAUGGCGUCCCGAAGCGCUUUGAAGCGGCUGCGUGGGACCAGUGAGGUUGACGGCGCCAUCCAGGAGAUGAGGCUCGAACAUGAGAACGAGAUGAAGGAGCCGAAGAUCACCGUCAUAGCACUGCUGAAAUCUCGUUCCCUGCGUCCGCAGCUCAUCAUUGCGGUUGGCGUGAUGAUGGCCAAUCAGCUCAGCGGUAUCAAUGCGAUUUUUGCCUACGUUACGUCAAUUUACGAGAAUGCCGGGGUGCCGGAAGACACCAGCGCGUACGCUACCAUAGGCACGGGGGCGGUCAACUGUGUGGUGUGCCUGGGCUCGGUGUUUAUCAUUGACCGAGUUGGCCGGAGGCCGCUGCUCAUCUGGCCACUGCUCGUGAUGACCAUCACAUUUGCCCUGCUGACCAUCACUCAGGCUCUAACAGAGAACCUGUUCUGUGAUUGCUGCCCUAACGGGCGGUUCGGGUCGGCGUCAGGAGAGGUGUGUCCCCCGGCAGACCUGGUGGACCUGGAGCCCUACAACAACCCGUACCAGUGGAUCUCCUAUCUCAGCAUCGCCUUCAUCAUCAUCUUCAUCUUCGCCUUCGCUAUCGGACUGGGAUCGAUGCCUGGUGUGUUUGGUGGAGAACUGUUCCGCCAGGGGGCGCGACCUGCCGCCAUGAGCAUACAGAGUGUGACUCACUGGAUCUGUAACUUCAUCAUCGGGCUCGUCUUCCCAAUCUUACAGGAAGCGAUGGGCGCCUACGUGUUCCUCAUCUUCAUGGUGUUCUGUGCUUUGAGCGGACUCUACUUCUACUUCCGUCUCCCGGAGACCAAGAACAAAACGUUUGACGAGAUCCAGACGCUGUUCGGCGUGGAGCAGCAGGAAGAAGAGGAGGGGGUGGGCAACACUGCGUUCAGCAAGGAGGAGGUGGGGGAGGGGGGCGGUGGAGUUAACAACACUCAGGUCGAGUCUGCCUUGUAGACUGUAUCAUAUCUAUCACAAGCCACCUGUUACUCCGUUUCGUGGAGUGUUUCUGCAUUUUACUGUGUGGCUGUGUGGCUAGAUGUUUAUCACCUUAAGCUGGUCCCAUCCUACUGCCUGGCGGUCAGGGUCUAUGGUUGAUCUAUAUUAACCAGUUAGAAUUUAUAGUUGUGUGUCAUGACGAUAGAGCUGAGUAGAGUAUGUAGAGUGUGUGAAACGGCAACACACUAGAAGGAGCCCCAAAACGGUAGUAGUUGCUAGUGUAAGUAGUGUAAGAUGAGAGAGUAUCAGUCAAGAAUGGCAUUUGUAUACUGUACCUGUAAUAGUCAGAAACAUAUAGUAAUCUGUACGUUGGUAAUUCAUUUAUAUAAAAAAAACAUGAACACCGC